AUUUUUUACGUCAUCUAAUUGAGUAGUGUCCAUUAAUCCUCUUUUUUUUCCCUCUAUAUAUACCAAACUUUGCUCACUCUUUUAAGUGCACUCUUACAAGCAAACUUGUAAAGCUAUUAGUUUAAUUCAUUCAACUUUAAUCUUUUAUUCAUCUUCUUGUUCUUCUUCUUCAACAAUACACUCAAUCCCUAAAUUUUGCAUACAUUCGAUCAUAUACCUUUGUUCGUUUUGCAUAUAUAACUUCUCAGACGACACCACCACCACCAACAUCAACAACAAUAGCAACAACAACAACGUAACAACUAUGGCGUGUUUGAACGUUUGUCAAAAGGAUAAAAUAAUAGACGAAAGUGAAGAAAUAGAAUAUACUCUUGAUCGAACCGUUGAUCGAUAUGGUAAACCAGCAAUACGUAACAAAACUGGAAGAUGGGGGCCUGCUACUUUAAUCCUAGUUAAUCAAGGGCUAGCUACGUUAGCAUUUUUUGGCGUAGGUGUAAACCUUGUGUUGUUCUUGACAAGAGUGGUAGGACAAAGCAACGCUGAUGCUGCAAAUAACGUUAGCAAAUGGACAGGAACCGUGUAUCUUUUCUCACUUUUUGGUGCCUUUCUUAGUGAUUCGUACUGGGGUCGUUACAAAACUUGUACUAUUUUUCAAGCAAUUUUUGUCGUGGGCUUGGCAUUGUUAUCACUAUCAUCAUACUUGUUCUUACUUAAGCCUAGAGGUUGUGGAGAUGAGCUAACUCCGUGCACCUCUCACUCCGGCUUCCAUGUCCCGUUGUUCUACAUCUCGUUAUACAUGGUGGCUCUAGGCAACGGCGGAUACCAGCCAAACAUCGCGACAUUUGGGGCAGAUCAAUUUGAUGUAGAACAUCCUAAGGAAAGAGGGUCCAAAAUCUCCUUCUUUAGUUUUUUCUACUUGGCUUUCAACUUAGGGUCAUUAUUUUCCAACACUUUAUUGGCCUACUAUGAAAAUGAUGGAAAGUGGGCAAUUGGGUUCUUUGCAUCAGCUAUUACUGCCCUUUUGGCUUUGGCACUUUUUCUUGGUGGUACGCCUCAUUAUAGGCACUUUAAGUCCUUAGGAAACCCGAUUUCGAGGGUUGGCAAAGUAGUUGUUGUUACUUUAAAGAAAUGGAAGGUUCGUGUACCGCCUCAAGGGGAUGGUUUGUAUGAAUUGGAUGCUAACACUUACGCUAAAAAUGGAAGGAAAAAGAUCUUACACACCGAAGGACUAACGAUCUUGGAUAAAGCUGCGGUUAUCACCUCAUCGUCUUCAAACUACGACGAAAAGAGGUUAUGUACCGUUACACAAGUUGAGGAAGUUAAAUGCAUAUUAAGGCUCCUUCCGAUAUGGGUUUGUACAAUCAUGUACUCUGUAGUCUUCACUCAAAUGGCCUCUCUCUUUGUGGAGCAAGGUGCCGCGAUGAAAGUAACCAUUGGAAGUCGUGGCUUCCGUAUUCCACCAGCUAGCAUGUCUGUUUUCGACAUUCUUAGUGUUGCGUCUUUCAUCUUCAUCUAUCGUCGUGUUUUAAACCCUAUAGUCAUUCAAAUAAGGAAGAGAGGUCUUACUGAGUUGGAGAGAAUGGGCAUUGGCCUUAUCCUUGCGUUUUUAGCCAUGGUAACGGCGGGUGUUGUAGAGGUUUACAGGCUAAAGUACGCGAAAAUGGACUGUAAUAAUGAUUGUGACGAGGCUAGUUCUCUAAGCAUCUUUUGGCAAAUACCCCAAUUCAUGUUUAUUGGUGCAUCUGAGGUAUUCAUGUAUGUUGGUCAGCUAGAGUUCUUCAAUGGACAAGCACCCAAAGGAUUAAAGAGCUUUGGAAGUGCACUAUGUAUGUUGUCAAUGUCGUUCGGGAACUACAUGAGUAGUAUCAUAGUUACCAUACUUAUGAAGAUAACUGCUCGAGGUAGCAAUCCAGGGUGGAUACCGGAAGACCUAAACAAGGGUCAUCUAGAGAGGUUUUACUUCUUGUUGGCAAUUCUUACCACAAUUGAUUUCAUGCUGUAUUUGUACUUUGCUUCAACAUACAAAUAUGUUCAAUGUCAAGAUCCACUACAAGGAGAAAAUGAUGAUGAUGAUGAAGAAAGUGCCAAAAUUCAAGUCUAGGGGAUCUUUUGAUAUGGAGUACUAUACUAUCUAAUGAAAUGAUUUUCUCCGUCAAGAUAAAUACUUACAAAAAAAAGGUCGUGAUGGCUAACAUUUAGCGAACUAACAGGGCAUGAAAUUACCGUCUCUUUGUUGAUAUUGACAACAGGCCGGGUGAUGAUUUCGUUCCCUGUUAGUUGGCUACUUUUUAGCCAUUGGGCCCACUGCCAUCGAGCCACUCUAGAUCGAGAAAUGAUCCUAAAGAUGAAGGUGUAUUUGUUUGUCAAUUAAAACAUUGUACAACUAUCGUACAUGUAGAGUUGUUUUUCUCAACUGACCCGAGUAUGAGAUUUUGUAAAAGGGCCUUAGUAGAUCAACUUGUGUAACAUACUUUAUGAAAUAAAAUUGGCUUCCUUAAA